CUCACCGCCGGCGGGGGCGGGGCCGGCGGCCGCCGCGCGCUGACUGGCUGACGGUUCGUUGCGUCACUGGAAGUCACGGCGCAUGUGCGUAGUGCUGCAGAGCUUCGCGGAACGGCUUCCGUACAAUGGCUGCUCCAGGCUCUGCAGAGAACCCUUCCCCUCUCAGCAAAAGCAGUCAGACCAUUCUGGUGAGGCACCUGCCAUCCGAGUUAACCUGCAGUGAGAAGGUGGACCUGCUGAAGUAUUUUGGAGCACAAUCCGUGCGAGUCUUGUCGGACAAAGGAAGGCUGAAACAUACAGCUUUUGCAACUUUCUCAUCUACUCACGCAGCAGCCAAGGCCCUGUCCAGGCUGCACCAGCUGCGAUGUCUGGGCCACACCUUGGUGGUGGAGUUUGCAAAGGAGCAAGAGCACAUUGGAGCAUUGGAUGAGGAGCUGCUGUCUGACAGAGGCAAGCCCACGGAUAAAACUUCAAGCGACAAAGGUGAGAAGGAGGUUCUGAAGCCAAAGGUACCAGUUAUAGAAAACGGGAUAGCUCCAAGUCUUGGACUGACCUAUCCUACAAACCCGUGUCUGAAGUACUUGUAUCCACCGCCGACCAGCGUCAUUCUCGCCAACAUUGCUAACGCCAUGGCAAGUGUACCCAAGUUCUACGUACAGGUUCUGCACCUGAUGAACAAGAUGAAUCUGCCUGCUCCAUUUGGUCCCAUUACUGCACGCCCUCCGAUGUAUGAGGAAUACUUCCCUGCGCCCCCGCCCAUGCCUCCCCUACCUCCGGAGGAGCCCCCGAUUCCAGAAGAAGAGAUGGAUGUUUCCAGUGAGGAGGAAUCAGAGUACGAAAGUGGGAGCGAAGAGGACAAAGAAAGAAUGGUGCGACUGAUGGGCUUAGCGACACAGCCACCCAGACAGCCACAGAAGAGGAAGCGAGCAUCGGUCCGGAAACGGCCCAGGUUAAAGGAUCUGAUCAACGUGACGAAAGCACCUUCCCAAAGCUCCCAUCCCGCUGUCCCGCCUUCGGAAGUGUUUGACCAGCCACAGCCUCAGGGCCAGAGGAAAAUCGAGUUCCACAUCUCGGCCGACGUCAGCAGCUUGUUAGAAGGUGGAGGGGAACGACGGGCAGAGCCUCAGGAGAAUUCCGAGCCUCAGAGCUCAGGAUUUGGAAAGAUCCAACCAGCUCCGGUCUGUUUGAAGAGUGAGAACGAGGAGGAGGAAGAGGAAGAGAUUCCCUCCGAGUUCAUCUCCAGGAAACAGCUGGCCAAGGGCAAAAUCACCAGGGACGAGAUGGAGAACACACCGAUGUUUAAGAACUAUAACCCCGGUGAGCCAACGUGCCGGCUGUAUGUUAAGAAUCUGGCCAAGCAAGUGGAAGAGAAGGACUUGAAGUUCAUCUUCGGCAGAUACGUCGACUUUACGUCCCAGACUGAGAGGAACAUGUUCGAUAUCCGACUGAUGAAGGAAGGGCGAAUGAAAGGUCAGGCUUUCAUCGGACUUCCCAACGAGCAAGCAGCAGCCAAGGCCUUGAAGGAAGUCAAUGGGUUUGUCCUGAGUGAGAAGCCUAUGGUGGUUCAAUUUGCCCGCUCUGCACGUCCCAAACAAGAUGUGUCGGAGAACCGGAAGGGGCGGGGGAAGUGAAGGCUGGAGUCUGACAGUGGAUGUGUAGCUGUGGUUGUCUCUGGUGUUCCCAAGCUCGGGCUGCCUGACAUCUCUCGGUUACAGUGAAGGGCCAGGCUGGCGGUCCGAGAGCAAUGCUAAUCCGACCUACCCUUUAUGAAGAGACGGGGAGGCGGUGCUGACCUGUGUUAUCCCACAGCCCGUCCCCGUCACUGGGCAGCGGGGAGCUGGGGCGGCUGCUACCAGCAGUCCCGAGCCUGGUUCCUGUGUCCUCGGCCGUUCCUGAACUCCCAGUGUGUGUGCACGAGUCUCCUGCAGUGAAGUCACCGCGACAGAUGCACGCACACCCACCGCACGUGCCUUCUCUUUCCUUGUGGGCUGUGACCUCCGACGCUGUCUGUGUGGAGUUUGCACGUUCUCCCUGAGACCGCGUGGGUUUCCCCCGGGUGCUCCGGUUUCCUCCCACAUCCCAGAGACGUGCGGGUCGGUGGGUUAAUUGGCCGCUGUAAAUUACCCCCAGUGUGUGGGUGAGGGGUAGAAUCUGGGGGGAGUUGAUGAGAAUGUGGGGAGAAUGAAAUGGGAUCAGUGUAGGGUUGGUGUCAAUGGAUGGGUGAUGGUUGGCACGGACUCGAUGGGCCGAAGGGCCUCUUUCCGUGCCUUCUCCUGUACCGUGCCAGGGCCAAGAGGAGGUCCAUUGUCUCCAUAAACGUCACAGAAAGUUUGACCAGCGGGGUCAGACCCCGAGGACCGUUGCUGGAUGCUGUGAUAUGGCCCUGCCUGGUCUCUAACGUUAGGGUUGGUGCCUGGGGAGGGUGUUAACUGGUCACAGACACGGCAGCGGACUGUGGUCUGUGAAAUGGCAGCGGGCCCUCCAUCCAUAUUUGUCAGAGAUACAGCAUGGAAACAGGCCCUUCGGCCCAUCGAGUCUGUGCUGACCAUCACCCACCCAUUUACACCAACCCUACACUGAUCCCAUUUCAUUCUCCCCACAUUCCCGUCAACUCCCCCCAGAUUCUACCCCUCACCCACACACUGGGGACAAUUUACAGCGGCCAAUUAACCCACUGACCCGCACGUCUCUGGGACGUGGGAGGAAACCGGAGCACCCGGGGGAAACCCACGCCGUCACAGGGAGAACGUACAAACUCCACACAGACAGCACCGGAGGUCGGGAUCGAACCCGGGUCUCUGGAGCCGUGAGGCAGCGGCACUACCCGCUGUACCACUGCAAGGGCCUUCGUGUCAAAACACUGAUAAUCUGUGUCCUCUACGGAUACAUCAAUCACCAGUGCUGUCAGUUGCAAAGUACUUUGUGGAAUAAAUGUGUUCAAUAAAGAGAAAAGUCCUUUUCAUUCAACGUGC